AUGGCACCAAGUACCAUAACAGCUUUUCUCAAACCAAUAUUUUUACUCACUUCUAUUAUUCUUCCAUACUUGAUUUUGCUGUUGCCAUCAGUUCUCAAGUUACAAUUCCAUGCCAAUCUCAUGUUUAGCUUCACAGUACUAGGGGUAACCACCCUGAUUGCAAAUCUGUACUAUUUAUUCUCUUUGGUUCCAUCCCUUGGACUUGAUCAUGAAUUGGGUUGUAUCGCCCAACUUUUCAAUUGGGUAGUGAACCUCACUUACCUAAUGUCUACAACCAUGCCUGGCAUCCAGAUAUUCUCUUUUCCAAUAAUGACAGCACUGCUCAUCAUUCUCUUCCCAGCAAUGGAACUUCUAUUCUGGGCCUUUGUAGGUAGUGGAAGAGAGAGAGUUCAUCUUAAUGCCUAUGGGGAGAUCCAUGACUGGAUCAUACUCAGGUGGGGUAACUUAUUGAUGGAUUGCUUUGACUGUUGCUUUGACUGUAUGAAGUGGGUUGCCAUCAGAGACUACUUUCCAUGCAAUCCACCCAACCAGCAACUAGAAGAUAUUGGUAUACCUCCAUAUUCAUCCAAUGUUUUUACUCGCCAUUCAGUAUCUAGUAACUCCUCAGAUGUGACCAUGACAGAUGCACAGUGA